GGAGUGGCGGAGGUAGAAGCCUACGUUUUGGCGGCUUCUCUGGUGUCUGAGCAGUGUUAGCACGGUUUGGAGAAAUUCGACCCCUGGACCUUGUCAGAAGGCCGAAAGAAAGGUCAUAAGCAUGAAGCGCAGUUCAGUUUCUACUGGUGGUGCUGGCCGUCUCUCUAUGCAGGAGUUGAGAUCUUUGGACAUGAAUAAACAAUGCCUUUAUACCCCUCAAACCAAAGAGAAACCAGCCUUUGGAAAGUUGAGUAUAAGUAAACCUACAUCUGAAAGAAAAGUAUCUAUAUUUGGUAAAAGAACAAGUGGACAUGGAUCCCGGAAUAGUCAGCUUGGUAUAUUUUCCAGUUCUGAAAAAAUAAAGGAUCCAAGACCACUUAAUGACAAAGCAUUCAUUCAGCAGUGUAUUCGACAACUCUGUGAGUUUCUUACAGAAAAUGGUUAUGCAUAUAAUGUGUCCGUGAAGUCUCUUCAAGCUCCAUCUAUUAAGGACUUCCUUAAGAUCUUCAGUUUUCUUUAUGGCUUCCUAUGCCCUUCAUAUGAACUUCCUGACACAAAAUUUGAAGAAGAGGUUCCAAGAAUUUUUAAAGAUCUUGGAUAUCCUUUCGCACUAUCUAAAAGCUCCAUGUAUACAGUGGGAGCCCCUCACACCUGGCCUCAUAUUGUGGCAGCCCUGGUAUGGCUAAUAGACUGCAUCAAGAUAUAUACUGCUAUGAAAGAAAGCUCACCUGUAUUUGAUGAUGGACAGCCUUGGGGAGAAGAAACUGAAGAUGGAAUUGUACAUAAUAAGUUGUUUUUGGACUACACCAUAAAAUGCUAUGAGAGUUUUAUGACUGGUGCUGAUAGCUUUGAAGACAAGAAUGCAGAGUUACAGUCAAAGAUGAAGAAUUUAUAUAAUGUGGAUGCUUCCAAGUUGGAAUCAUUAGCAGCAAAAAACAAAGCACUGAAUGAACAGAUUGCAAGAUUGGAACAAGAACGAGAGAAGGAGCCGAAUCGUCUAGAGUCAUUGAGGAAACUGAAAACUUCCUUACAAGCAGAUGUUCAAAAAUAUCAGGCAUAUAUGUCCAACUUGGAAUCUCACUCAGCCAUUCUGGACCAGAAAUUAAGUGGUCUUGAUGAAGAAAUUGCUAGAGUCGAACUAGAAUGUGAAGCAAUAAAGCAGGAGAAUGCUCGACUACAGAAUAUUGUUGAUAACCAAAAGUACUCAGUUGCUGACAUCGAGAGAAUAAAUCAUGAAAAAAAUGAACUGCAGCAGACCAUUAAUAAAUUGACCAAAGAGCUAGAGGCUGAACAACAGCAAUUAUGGAAUGAGGAGCUAAAAUAUGCCAGGGGCAAAGAGACAAUUGAAACACAGUUAGCAGAGUAUCACAAAUUGGCCAGAAAAUUAAAACUUAUCCCUAAAGGUGCUGAGAAUUCCAGAGGUUAUGACUUUGAAAUUAAAUUUAAUCCUGAAGCUGGUGCCAACUGCCUUGUUAAAUACAGAGCUCAAGUUUACGCACCUCUAAAGGAACUCCUGAAUGAAAAUGAAGAAGAGAUUAAUAAAGCUCUAAAUAAAAAAAUAGGUUUGGAGGAUACAUUAGAACAAUUGAAUACAAUGAAAACAGAAAGCAAAAGAAGUGUGAGGACUCUAAAAGAAGAAGUUCAAAAGCUGGAUGAUCUUUAUCAACAAAAAGUUAAGGAAGCAGAGGAAGAGGAUGAAAAAUGUGCUAAUGAACUUGAAUCCUUGGAGAAACACAAGCACCUGCUGGAGAGUGCUGUUAAUGAGGGACUCAGUGAAGCUAUAAACGAGUUAGAUGCUGUUCAGAGGGAGUACCAACUAGUUGUACAGACCACAACUGAAGAAAGACGCAAAGUGGGAAAUAAUUUACAACGUCUUUUAGAGAUGGUUGCUACACAUGUAGGGUCUGUAGAAAAACAUCUGGAGGAGCAGAUUGCUAAAGCUGAUCGGGAAUAUGAAGAAUGCAUAUCUGAAGAUCUCCUGGAAAAUAUUAGAGAGAUUACAGAAAAGUAUAAAAAGAAUGCCGCUCUUCUUAAGGCUUCUGAUGAAUGAAGAUAGAAUGUUGAAUUUCCUAUCCUUUGAAAAUCUAGUUUAUCAGAUGAAAAUAGGGAUAACCUGAAAUAACAUGUUGACAUGUAGAAGUUGGUUUGCGGGGGGAGUCUUUUUGGUUUCUUUGUUUCGUCAUGGGGCUUGAAUUCGGGGUCUG